GGUGGCGGCAACAGGGGAGACUCUUGGUAGCUUGCUGGGUGUCGUUGGCGGGACGGUUAAACGGCAGAAACAUCAGCUAAUCUUCCGCUCGGCACGAGCGGCUCAAUGUUUAAUGUGCGUUGAUAAUUCGAGAAUUGUGUUUUUAACAAAAUGCUUCAUUUUCCGAGGUUUUGAUCAAAGAGAGGAGGUGUUGACAUUCGGCCUGCCCCUUCCCUGACGUAGAGAUGAGUGCGCGGGAAGCGGUGAAAACCAUGGAGACGGCGGUGGAGGGUGAGAGCGACACGAGCCUGGGCCUGGUACAUACAACAGGGGAUGGUGAGGCCCCGGAGCUUAAGGAGCACAGGGCUUCGGCUUCCAGUGCUGCCGGGCGAACGGUGCCGGCUGCGUAUGAAUUGCCCUGGGUUGAGAAAUACAGACCACUGAAACUGAAUGAAGUUGUGGGCAAUGAGGAAACAGUCAGCAGGUUGGAGGUAUUCGCAAGGGAGGGGAAUGUACCCAACAUCAUAAUUGCAGGUCCACCUGGCACCGGAAAAACAACAAGCAUCCUGUGCUUAGCACGUGCACUGUUGGGACCUGCACUGAAAGAUGCUGUUCUUGAACUCAAUGCCUCAAAUGACCGGGGUAUUGAUGUGGUCAGAAACAAAAUCAAAAUGUUUGCCCAGCAGAAGGUCACACUGCCAAAAGGUCGUCACAAAAUUAUUAUCCUGGAUGAAGCUGACAGUAUGACAGAUGGAGCUCAACAAGCCCUAAGGAGGACAAUGGAGAUUUACUCUAAAACAACUCGCUUUGCACUGGCAUGCAACGCUUCAGACAAAAUCAUAGAACCUAUCCAGUCUCGCUGUGCUGUCCUGCGUUAUACAAAACUCACCGAUGCUCAGAUCCUUGCACGACUGAUGCAGGUGGUUGAGAAGGAGAAUGUCCGGUAUACAGAUGAUGGACUGGAAGCUAUAAUUUUCACAGCACAAGGAGACAUGAGACAGGCUUUGAACAACUUGCAGUCAACACAUUCAGGAUUUGGGUUUGUUAACAGUGAAAAUGUUUUCAAGGUCUGUGAUGAACCUCAUCCACUUCUGGUAAAAGAGAUGAUUCAGCACUGUGUCAAUGCAAACAUCGAUGAGGCAUACAAGGUUGUUGCUCAUCUCUGGAAGCUGGGUUACUCGCCAGAAGACAUUAUUGGCAACAUCUUCCGUGUCUGUAAAACUUUCCAAAUGCAGGAAUACUUGAAGCUGGAGUUCAUAAAGGAGAUUGGAUACACUCAUAUGAGAAUUGCAGAAGGGGUGAAUUCCUUAUUACAAAUGGCUGGACUGCUUGCUCGACUUUGCCAAAAGACUGCGGCUCCACCAGCUAGUUGAUGUAUGUGCUUCAACCUCCAGGGUAUUUUUGUUUUUUGAUGAGAUUUAAAUUUGCAUCUCACAUUUUUUAUGUUGUCUCAGUAGACUUUCAUUAGAUACCUUUAUUGAAUACUUUUCUCUCUACAUGAGAAUUCUGUGGAUUUGAAUUCUGUAUUUCCAAUUUUGUACUAUUUCUGAAGCUUAUGUUACCUUUGGAUAAUAAAAUCACGUACAGUAAA